AUGCGUAGUAAGCAACAAACGUUGGUCCCCGAAGAAGAUCCGCGCCAACCGCAAUUGUCCAGCUCUCGCAAUCUGCAGCUCAGCAAUCAUCUUCAGAAUUUGGUCCACGCGAGUAAAGAGCUAUCGACCGUGAAGACGAGGCCGACGACACCCGUCCUGGCGAACGACGGAGGGGGCGGCUUCUGGCUGGCCACGGUGGCCGCGGGGGCAAGUACCCCAGCCGGGCUGCCCCCGCACGGAACCCACCAUCCAGUCAUGGAUCCAACAUGUGGAUCCGCCGAAACCGGCUUCAUCAAUAGUCAGCCUUCUAUGGCUGAAUUUAUGACGGCAUUGCCACAAUUAGCUGGGGAUAGUAGCCUAGCGCAUUCGCCGGGGACCGGUGGUUCCAUCAGUCCUGGUGCUCAUCAUCCCGCGUAUCAUACCAUGAUGGAUCCCCAUGGUGUCGCUGACCCCUCGGGUGUCAACGUUCCUGAGUAUCCCUGGAUGAAAGAAAAGAAAACUACUAGGAAAAGUAAUCAACAAGGAUUCGGCAUGCCAUUUACAACGUUAGGAGUCUAUUGGCUCCUCACCGCUACAUUGUGGUUCACCAUGGGGUGCCUAUCCGACGGCUAA